AUGGCCGACUGCUCAUUUUUGCGUCUAUCGAUUACACCGUACGGGUAUGGGAAGCAGCAACUGGCGCCACUCUGCGAACAUUUAGAGGACACACAGGCCCUGUCAGAUGUGUGCUUGGAUGUAUCGCCUUAUGGUCGCUGGAUUGUCAUGGCCUGCAAUGAAAAAGAUAUAUGGCUUACUGACACCCAAAAGAAUAUCAAGAAGGGGCCGUUCAAAGCGGACGCUGAAAUAUGGGACAUCGAGGCGAAUACUGUGCUGGCGACAUUCGAUCCCGAAGACCGAAUCCUAUCCGCCGCACUACUGCCAGAUGAUCGAAAGGUAGCAAUUGCCGCCUAUGAGACGAUGCGUUUGCGGGAAGGAGAUACUAUCCUGCAAACAUUUGCCGGGCAUACCGAUCUUAUCCGAUCAGCAAUCAUGUCACCAGAUGGCCGAAGACUGGCAACUGCUUCUGAAGACAAGGCAAUAAGAUUGUGGAAUGUGGAGUCAGAGGCUCUUAUAAGACUCCCUGCCACUUAUCCUGCUAGUAUGAUCGAACUCAUAGCCUUCUUACCCAACUGCAGAGUAGUUGCUAUGACGUCCACGGAUCAGGAUGUGACGCUGUGGCAUAUUGACACAGGAACUGUUCUGCACACCCUUCAGCACCCUUCUGACGUCGAAGCAAUCGGUUUCUCACCAGAUGGUGGCCAUAUAGCAACCCCCACCGCAUACCGUAUAAUCUACCUCUGGGACUGGAAGACUAGGGUAAAGUUGAGCUCUUGUGGUGCGGGCUCAGCUCAGCUCGAUUAUUUCAACGAGCAUUACAACACAGGUUCGCCGGUGCUCCGUUACUCACGAAAUGUUCAAUACGACCAUCAAUAGAUUCUUUAUGAUGGGAAGAAGGUAUUAUGGCUUCCAGUUAUGCAUCAGCCGUACGAAUACGAAGUCGGGGGUUGUAAUCUAGCUAUUGGCUGUUAUACAGGACAGAUUCUUCUUCUAAGCUUCC